AUGUCAAAUAUUGUAUUUGAAGAACCAAAUCAAUCACAUGAAGCAAAUACAAUAGAAGAAAAUAAUAUAAAUCAACAAAAUAAAUCAACAUUAACAAUUAGUAACAAAGAAACCAUUACAAUAAUGGCAUCAACAACAUCACCUUCACCAUCGCUAUCAUCGGCAUCAUCUUCAUCAACAGCCUCAAAUAGUUCAACAACAAAGAAAUCAACCCCAACCACUACCACCUCAAGCACAUCAUCACCAUUAAAAUCAUCAACAGGUUUAAACAAAUCAACAGAGCUUAAACGUUUAGCAGCAAAAUCACCAGAAAUUAAAAGAACUACAGCCACAGAAAUCAAAAGACCAUCUUCGUCGAUGGGUCCAGUUAAACCAAAACCACAGUUGGAAUAUAAAAGAUCAUCAUCAUCUUCAAGUUUACCAACAAUUGCUUCAAAAAAAUCAACCUCGUCAAGUUUAUCAUCAACCUUUAGUGGUAACAGUAGCAUCAGCAGUAGUAUAAGUAAAUCGGCAUCCUCUUCUCCAUCAAGCUCAUUGAGCAAAACAAGACCAAUGACAACAAGUACUACUACAUCAUCAUCACCAUUAAGAACCUCAGCAACCACUACAACUGUUAAAUCUACAGCAACAACUUCACCAAGGGUUAAAAGUACCACCACUAGCACAGGUGUUACAUCAUCACCAAGAUCAACAAUAACCUCAACUGUAGUUUCAUCACCAAAAUCAACAGCAAUUUCAACUCCAACCAAACCAUCAACCCCAACUGGCAAACCAAUAGCUUCAAAGGUUUCAUCAUUAACACCAACUUCAUCCCCAUCAACCACUACUAGAUCAGCAACAUCCACUACCUCAUCACCAUCUACCAAUAGAUUAUCAGGUACUUUCCGUAAUCUAUCACUUGGUGCAACAAGCGGUUCAUCAUCACCAAGAUCUACAACAACAACCACUACAACUACCAGCAGAUCUUCAUCAUUAUCGACACCAACUAAACCAUCAACUACAAGAUCAUUAUCAAAUCCCUCACUCAAAACUACUACACCCUCAACACCAACCACUCCAAAAUCAAAUUCUACUUUUAGUAGUCCAACUUCAUCACCAUCAGUUAAAUCAUCAGCUUCAUUAUCACCAAUGGAAUUUUGGAAAAAGAAAGAAAACGAAUCAUCACCAAAAAGUUCACCAUCAACAUCGGCUGCAUCAUCACCAAGAGCUAGACCAACUAUGGGAUCAUCAUCUACACCAACAAGAUCAUCUCCAUCCAUAUCCUCUACACCAACUCGUAGAACAACCACAACUCCAUUAUCACCACUCCCAAAUAUUAAAUCGACAUUAGCUUCAGCAUCUGCAACAAAGUCAACUGCUUCUACUUCACCAUCGACAACAUCACCAAAAUCAAUAAGAAGAUUAAGCACACCAGUUUCUAGUACAUCAGCUAAAGAAUCACCAAUUAAACCAAAAUCAGCUUCAGGUUUUAGCACAUCAAAUAGAACUUCGCCAGUCGUUAAAAAACCAAUUAAUCCAAAUCCAGCUCCACACUUUACUUCACCAAACAAAAAUUUACCAAAUAAUGAAACAACUGUAAAUAAAAUAGAAAAUAGUGAUUCAAUUAAACUUGCUGAAGAAUUAGAGGAGCAAAAACCACAAACCGAUGAAAAUACCGUUGAUAAUAAAAUAAAUAAAGAUGAAGAAGAUAUUGAACAAAUGGAAAACGAAAUCAAAGAAAUGGAAAAAGAAUUAAAAGAAUUGGAACAAAAAGAAAAAUUAGAAGAAAAACCAGAAGAAAAACCAGAAGAAAAAAUAGAAGAAAAAAUAGAAGAAAAAAUAGAAGUAAAGGUACACGAACAAGCAAAUGAACAAAAAGAUAUAAAUGAAAAUAAAGAUGAAAUGAUUAUUGAUCAAUCGAUUUCAGUUGUUCAGACAAACAAUAACAUAGAACCAACCGAUGAAUCAACACCAACCAACACUGAUUCAUCAUCAUCAUCAUCAUCAACAAACUCAAAUACAAAUGAAGAUGGUAAUAAUAAUACUUUAUCAAAUAGUGCAACAAAUAAUAACAAUAAAGGUAAAGACGAUGACGAAGAAGAUGAUAAAGAAAAACAAGCAAAACAAAUUGAAAAAGUUGAUGACAAGGAAGUAAAGGAAAAAGAGGAAGAAGAGGAAACAAAGUCUGAACCAAUUAAAAUUGAAGCUGAUGCAUCAAAAUCACAAGAUAAUAAUAUAAAUGAAGAGGAUAAAAAACGUAAAUUAGAUGAAGAAUCAAAAAAUCAAACUGAAGAGCCAGUAGAAAAGAAAACUUUUGUCCCACCACCAUUAGUAUCAUCAUUGUCAUCACCAUCAUUAAAUUCAAGCGGUGGUAAUAUUUCAAAUACAGCUUCACCAAUUAUAAAUACCAAUAGCAAUGGUACACCAACAACUUCAUUACAUCAAUCAUUAUUAAUUCCAAAUCCAAAUGCCAACACAACCGAGUCAGCACCAGCAACCCCAAAUCCAGUAUUUAAACCAAUGUUACCAGCAAGAGAUUUUAAAGAAGACACCAAAAAGAUUUGGUUAAGACCAUUUUUAAAUGUACCAGUCGGUGUUGAUUUACCAAGAUUAUGUUCAUGUAUUUCAGUUUAUAAUAAACAAGAAGCUGACGAUGUAGCUGCUGAAGUAGAUUUAGCUCAAAGAGAAAAUCCAAAGAAACAAAAAUUAUUCCAAUCUAGAGGAGACACAAUUUCAAAAAAUUCAAGUAAGUCAGCAGAAGAAUUAGUUGAAUCCUUUUCACAAGUUCCUCCAAAUGAAUCCAAUGCAUUAUCAAAAUAUUUAUUAGAAGAAUUUGGUGAAAAUUCACCAGUUUUACAAGCACUCAAAGUAUGUAAUCAAGCAAUCAUCGCACCAUCAGUUAUUCAAUUAAGACUGGAUAUAUGCCCAAAACCAAUGUUUAAAGAUGCAGGUGGUUGGAACAUCAAUAUAUCAGCAAUCGAUAACGACACUGUAAUUAUAUCACACCAAAAGAAACAACAACAUAUGGAUACAAGAAAAGAAGAAGAAUAUUUUGAAUUUAUAUGGGAGUUGGAAUUAAUUUUCAAUGGAGAUUUAUCUCAACUCAAUAGUGUAACUUUAUCAAUAAUAGAAUUAAAUUUCGGUGAAAAAACUAGACAAGAUAAAAAAGAUGAAUAUCAAUCAUUAUUCCAAAAUCAUUUUAAAUUAAAAAAUGAUUAA